CUGAAAUUUAAAUAUUUGAAUGGAGGAAGGGCAAGAGAAAGAUAAUUUACAAAGUUUUAUAGUAAAGGAGCAUAUUAGUGCACAAAGUGCAGAUUUUAUUCCAAAAAGCUCUGUGCUUGAAACACCCCAACAGGUGUAUUCUGAAGGAAAUCAUUGCGUUGUUCAUUUUCCUCGUGAAGACGAAUACGAAUCAAAAGACGGCAAAAUAAUGAGGUACAGUAAUUUCGCAUCUGGCCGAACUGAUACAAACGAAAAUCUUGGAGCCCCUUCCAAUGAGUGGGAUGGUAGUCAAGCAUCUCCUACAAAUAGACAUGUUAGUGCUUUAGAGAAGUUUAAUGAUUCAGAAGAAGCUGCUUCUCUUAUUUCUUACCAACCUUCUCCUCGUGAGGAUUUACAGGGGUCAAGAACCCUCACUCCAAAUAAAAGUCCAGAAGAAGAAAGUAAUUAUGGAAUUUCCAUGAUUUAUACAACGAUGAAAGUGAACCAAACUCCGAUAGAUGAGAAAGGGAAUAGGGUAUCUGUAGAUUUCCCUCCAGUAGAUAUGAUCGAGGACAUGGAGCAUCCUGAAGAGAACCUUCAGACAUUUGAUCUUGUUACUUACGACAAGGAACACCCUAGUAUGUCAUCAUUUAAAAAUAACGCAAUUCAAUGAGAGAACUGAACUGGGGUAUGAAACUGACAAAACACUAAAGUUGUUUCUAAUUUUAACCCGAUUAAUGAAAUCCUUCAGUUAACUGCGAAUCAAGUGGAGCCAGAUCCUCAAGAUAUCUGAGGUGAGUCUCCUAUAAUGACUACUGAAAAUAAUGAAAUCUAUCUGAAAGAAAUGGAAGACCUAAACCAACAAGACUCCCAGACAAGUAUUAAAUUGAUCAAGAAGCAAAAUGACAUAAUCAGAAAUUUAAAGAAAGAAGUAGAUAUGCUUCGAAACUCUAAUAAGUCAAUGGCUUCACUCAGAGAAGAAAAUUUACAAUUUUUGGAGAGAAUUCAAGCCUUAGAAACCCAGAUUAAUACAAAAUAAUCCAGAAAUGACAGACCAAGCAGUACAAAUGGAUUUUGAUAAAGAUAAUUUUAAACAGAGGAAAGAAAUCCUUGACUUUAUUAUUAAAAAUCAAGGAAGAGCAGUGCAGCUGACUCCAAUCUUAUGAGAAAUUUUACUAAAGAUGAUUACCCAAAACGACACACCAGACCAUCCAGAGCUGAUAUUCAUGGUUGAAAGUAUCAACAACGACCAUCGGAAAUACUCCACACAUGAUCCAAAUGCGAAAUUGUCUGAUUCUAUCAUAGAAUUCUCUACCUCAGUGCAGGAAACAUAUAGUUCGAACAGGACUUUUGAAAAACUGCAACAAAUCCAUACUUUUGGGAAGCCUCACCAGCAUAAUCCAAAAAGUAACAGUAGAAGUAAGAUAUCCGACUCGAAUGAGAAGCCCGUCGAGAGUGAAAACAGUUCAAAAUAUUCAUUCAGUGAUAAGGAAAACCAGAUAGACGUCAGAUCUAUUGUUCCAAAGUUUACUAAGAGAGAUCUGAACAAUCAAGCACCUCUCAAGAACAGAGAGACUGUAAUUUCAGGCACUCCUGGACUAAAUGUAAAAGAGAAGAGUUAUUCAGGGCAAACUAACAGUAAUUCAAGGAAUCGGAAUCUUCCACAGGCAUCUACAUUGAGAUAUGAUAUUAACAGAGGCAAGAUAGUACUGAGAAAGUCCAAAAAGUCUAAGAAUAAAGUUAAGAAGAGCAGGAAUAAUCCUGCUCUUAAUAAUGCAAAAACUACAUUAGAAGACAGACUAUGAGGUUCAAAGAUAAGCUCUGUUCAUAGCUUGUUAAAGGAUAAGAAUGAAAAUCAGUACUCUAUUAGCUCUUCUCAUGAGACCCAGCUUUUUGGAGAUGCAUCUAAAGGUGGAAAACUCAAGGUGAUAAAGAAGUUCCCCAAGUCUGGAAAAUUAGAGAAUGGAUCUUUCGUGAGGAAAUCACAUGAUGGAAUCCCUACAAUUUCUGUUACACAAGUCAAGAAACCUUUAUGUGGAGGAAAGACUAGAGCAAUGAAUGAGUAUAGGAGUUGUAAGAAGUAUAAUUUUUGAGCUAAAAGAGGCUCUUUAAAUUACUUACACUCCAAAUCUAACAAGAACUCUCACAGGGAUUUGCUCUGUACACCCUCACUAGUCAUGAAGGAGAACAGCACGUCUAAAAUAAACAAUGCUGCUUUGCCAAAGAAAAAGGGGUAUAAUACUCAAUCAGAAAGAUUUAUACAAGGUGUCCCAAAGAAAGCAACUGAGUAUGUAUUUUCUAAAAGAUUUACAAACUUUCCUACUAAAGUGGAGGCAAAAUCAACAUUUAAAAUAAAAUUACCGAACAGUACGAAGGGGAGCCAGUCACGGAACUCAGUUAGGUACUUGACUGCAGCAAACUCUGCUGCUUCACUGUCGAAAUCGAACUCUAUAAAGAGGUUCCAUCCAAUUCCAAGCUGCUCUAAGACCAAGAAAGUGAAGAACAAGGACGCAAGGGUAGGAAGCAAUGGUAGAAAAUAGCUAUCUGG